UCCCACGCUGCAAAAUGGUCCAGCCCUCGUCAGCGACCACGAUGACUGGCGGUAUGCGUCUGUUGUUCCUGUAGUGGAACCUCUCAGGGAUGUCCUCUUUCAAAUAUGCCCUUAUAUGGGUGUGACACUUAUUCAGCUGUUCAACGAUGGCUCCUGGAUCUGCAAAACACAUGCACUGAAAUAAGAGUUUGUGUCAGGAAAACCCCAAACAGGACAGUGGUCGGUGUUUCGUGUUAAUGCCAUAAACAGUGAUGUUAUCUGAAAGUGGUUGAAUGCUAAUGUCACCUGUGUGUGGGAUGAUGGCGGUCACAGGCGCAAGGUCCACCAGCGUGUAGUUGUCCGGGUGGAUGCAGUCGUCCAGCCUUACGACACGCUCAGCCGAGCACUGAGUCAUGCCGUGGUCGCUGGCUAUCAGGACGUUGAUGUGACCCCAUAGGCCGGUCUGCUUCAGCUCCAAAACCAGGAGUCCGAUGUUGUCGUCAACCUGGACUCAAACGAGGAGACACGGAGAUAAGAAGACCGUCCAUCAAAGCGGAAAAAAGGGUUACCAGGCUGUAGUGGUUCGGGAACGUCUUGGUGACGAAGACGUUUGUGAGCUCCUCCACCAGGACCCCCCGGUCAUACAGGAGCUUCAGGUUUGGCAUGGGGAACCUCUGCAGGUAUUCAGCCCUGAAGCCGUCGAAUGACACCAGCAGCAGUGGCGGUGGGGGAUCUUGCUGAGCCGCGAUGCCACACAGGAAGCCCAGCAGUAUUUGGAGUAACAUCCUAAGGGGAAAUGAAAACAAGUUGUAGUCUACUGUAACACACAACUAUGGAGGAUCAUCCCUGUCCUCCCUUGGCAUGGACGGCCAGCCCUCCCUGUCCAAAGUCCAUAGCUGUUCAUGAUAAGGUAGACACUGUUGGCAUCACACUCACUCUGCUGAGCACCUUGAUCGCUCCACCAUUUUAUUCUUUUCGCAGAAUGGAUCGCUCUGAUAAUGUGUACGAGAACCCGGACACUUACCAGAACCAGCCGUCAGGUUUAUACGACCUGUCCUACGAGACACCGUACGUUGAGCCCUCCGACCUGAUGGCACAAUACGAAAACACUGGACCAUCUGUAAGUCAAAUACCAGAUCCACCGUCUCUCCCUCCACCACGGCUGCCAUCAGAGGAGAGGCGAGGGAGUUCCUCUUCAUCCUCAUCCUCUUCGUCCUCAUCUUCAUCCUCUCACGCUGGGGACGAAGAGGAAGAGGAGACGGAGGCGAAAGAGGAAGUGGAAGAGCAAAAGAUAGACGUGGAGGAGCGCAUCAAGGAGCUUAAUUUGGAGAGGACGUCUCCAGAGCCGGAGUUGGAAAGAAGGGACUCAUCCCGCAGGUCGUCAUCUUCCUCAUCAUCUUCGUCGUCUUCAUCGGCCUCUGAGAAGGAAGAACCUGAACAAAAAGAAAAGACUGAAGUCACACUUUACGUCAAGGCUGGGAUUGAUGGAGAGAGCAUUGGAAACUGUCCCUUCUCUCAACGCCUUUUUAUGAUACUCUGGUUGAAAGGUGUCGUCUUCAAUGUCACCACUGUGGACCUCAAGAGGAAACCUGCUGACCUUCACAACCUGGCUCCGGGGACCCACCCGCCCUUCCUCACCUUCCAGGGGGAGGUUCUCACCGAUGUCAACAAAAUAGAGGAAUAUCUGGAGGAGAGGCUGGCUCCACCAAAAUAUCCUAAGCUUGCAGCAAAGAACCGAAAAUCCAACACGGCAGGAAAUGACAUCUUCUCCAAGUUCUCUGCUUUUGUUAAAAACACAAGACCGGAUCAGAAUAGAGCACUAGAGAAGAAUCUAGACAAGGCCAUGGCAAAGCUGGAUGAUUAUCUCAACGGUCCGAUACCUGAUGAGGUCCAGGCUGAACGCCACGGUGGUGAUGGAGUAUCCAACCGCAAAUACCUGGAUGGAGACGAACUGACGCUGGCUGAUUGCAACCUUCUGCCUAAACUUCAUGUUGUCAAGGUGGUUGCAAAGAAAUACAGGAACUAUGACAUCCCAUCUGAAUUCAGAGGGGUGUGGCGUUAUCUGGGCAAUGCAUACAGCCGAGAUGAGUUCACCAACACAUGCGCAGCUGAUGUGGAAAUCGAGCAAGCCUACAAAGAUGUAGCGAAGAGGUUGGGGAAAUGAAUGCAUCUCUUCGGCAGUCACUAUUGUAACUUUCUCUGUUCCUUCAGGAAAUCUGUGGAAUUGUACAUCACACGGUACAAACUCUCUGAAGUACGAUAGAUUUUUAGUGCUAGCAUGCAAUGCUGUGUGCUUUCAAGUGUAUCACAGUUGUAUAGUGUCUUAAAGAAAGCACAUGGAAUGAUAAUUUUAAAGGUGCUUUGAAGCAUCUAAAGCUUAUGUAGAAGAGAAAUUCAACAGACUGGAAAUUAAUUGGUCCCUGUCCCUGAACAGUCAUUGUCAAAUCAUAGCUUAGCAAAGAUAAAGCUACUGGGUAUGAUAUUCUGGACUUAAGAAUUUGGCCAUGAGUCUGCUAAAUUAGUAAAUGGCUAAAAUGAGAAUCCAGCUUUUUUCUUUCUUUGACUUUGUUUUAGAAAUAAAGAAUUUUAAGUGGCAAUAAAUCUGCAACUUGUACAUUGUACUUCUGUUAUGCCAUGUGGAAAGGUAAUGAUUGACAGGCCUAGCAAUGGCUGUUACAUUGAGUCACGUGGUCACAUCAGACUUCAGGGAUGCAGUAGCGUCUUUCUUAAAGAGACACUCGUCUGAUUUACUCUGUACUUUUCCUUGUAAACUGAUCUUUGUUCAAAAUCAAACGCCCAGCUUUUGCUCUCUAUUGUCGUGUUCUUUUUGCAUUUUGCAUAUAGAAACCAAGUCCACACUCUCUGUAUUGUAGUAUUGCUAUAAAGGGCAAACUGAUAGCGGUAAAUGUACUUUGAUCACACAUGCCUUAGACGAAUCAAGCCUGCUUUUGCUCUCCAUAGUCACGUUGUUUUUGCAUCUAAACAAACCAAGUCUACAUCCUCUGUUGUGUGGCAUUGCUAUAAAGGUACUUUGAUCACGCGUGCCUUAGAGGGAAUCAAGCUCUACUCUGCCUUUAUCUCUUAAUGUAUGUACAGUAAAUGUUGUUUGAAUCUAACAUGAAUCCCUACUAAAUUAAAAUCCUGUAUGACUAUUAAAACCAUGAACCCACUGUG